AUGGGAGACAUAAGGCAAGUAAUGCAAGGAUUGAAGCCAGCCCUAUUGAUGUUGAUGGUGCAAAUUUCAUAUGCUUCUCUGAAUGUGUUCUACAAACUUGCCACUAACAAUGGAAUGAGUGUCAAAGUACUUACUGCUUACCGUCUCAUUUUCGCAACAGCUACCACUAUUCCAAUUGCUAUUAUUUUUGAAAGGAAGAAUAGACCAAAGCUCACUUGGAGGGUGGUUUUUAUGUCAUUUUUUUGUGGUCUAUUUGGUGCAACUUUAUUCCAAAACCUAUUUUUUGAGUCCUUGGCAUUGAUAUCAGCAACAUUUGUUUCUGCUGUUUUUAAUCUCACUCCUGCCGUCACUUUUAUCUUGGCCGUCUGUUUUGGUUUCGAAAGAUUGAAUUUAGAAACGGCAGCAGGAAAGACUAAGGUGUUAGGAACCAUAAUAUGUAUUGGAGGGGCAAUGAUUCUCACAUUUCUCAAAGGUGUUGAAAUUAACAUAUGGACUUUCCACAUUAACCUCCUGCAUGAGGGCAAAAGUGGAACAAUGCAUGUUCACUCUGGUAGUAAAAUCUUGGGUAUUUUUUUGGGUCUUGCAAGCUCCUUCAGUUUUGCAUUAUGGCUCAUCAUUCAGGCUAAGAUGAGCAAAGAAUACCAAGGACAUUAUUCAAGUACAUCAUUGAUGUCCUUAAUGGGGGCAAUUCAAUCCACCGGUUUUGCCCUUUGUGCUGAGAAGGAUUGGAGCCAAUGGAGAUUAGGUUGGAAUAUUAGGUUACUAACUGCAUUAUAUUCGGGAAUUGUGGCCUCGGGAAUAAUGGUUAUUGCUAUUGCAUGGUGUGUAGAGAGGAGAGGUCCAUUAUAUUGCUCGGUUUUUAAUCCUUUGAUGCUUGUUCUUGUUGCCAUUGCUGGUUCUAUGAUGCUGAAUGAGAAAUUAUACUUAGGAAGUGUAAUUGGAGCGGUGCUUGUAAUAGUUGGAUUGUACCUUGUGUUAUGGGGUAAGAGCAAAGAAAUGAAAAAAGGGACUCAUCCAGAAAUCAAAGAAAUUGAGGUUGUGGUCACAUCCACCACUCUAGAUCAUGAUAACAUAACUACAACAACAAAGACCCACCAAUAG